AUGUCACUUAUAAAAGCGCGUUCGUUUCUAUCUCGUGCACUUCAACUGUACCAAACCAAAGUUGCUCGGAAUCUUUCCCGUACUAUUCAUACUAUUCAUGAUAAAAAUAUCAUUACGAUAAAAUUCCAAAAUCAGAAUCAUUUUAAUAAUAUAUCAAGAAACAAUUUAACUACGACUAACUCGUUAUUUUCCAAUGAAUCGAUUAUAACUAAUCCUAUAGAGAAACAAAUAACAGAUGACAUUAAGGAUGAUAAGAUUAAGAGGAAACAAAGGAUUGAAAUUAAGUUGAAUGAACAAGACUUGAUAGAAUCAUUUGUAAAAGGAUCAGGCAACGGUGGGCAAAAAAUAAAUACAUCAUCAAAUUGUGUAGAUUUAAGACAUGUUCCAACAGGAAUGAGAGUUCAGUGUCAAAAAACAAGAUCUUUACAACAAAAUAGAAAUAUAGCAAGAAAAAUCUUGAUAGAAAGAUUAGACAAUUAUUAUAACGGUGAAUUAAAAGAUUUGGAAGUUGAAAAAAAUAAUCAGAAUUGA